AGUACCUAGAUACCUGAAGAAUAUAAAGCAAAAAUGUCGAAAUACUCAAUGUUUUCUGUGUCAUUAAUUUUGACAAUAACGAUCUGCCAUGCAGUCAAUAUCGCGAGCCAUCAGAAAUUAGACUGCAGUUUCGAAUCUUCUGAACUAGGAAGAGUGAAACCGACUAAAUGUGGAUAUACAAGAGGAUGGGAUGGAAUGCUACGUGGAAAUUGGAAAGUAAAAAAUGUGUCGAAAGACGGAAAAAUUGUUCGCCAAAGUGGAUAUUUUGCGUAUUACGAAGCUCGUCGUCGUCCUGCAGGACACUCUUCAAAAUUCGUCAGUCCGAUUGUUUCUGUUUAUGACGACAUGUGCGUAACGUUUUAUUAUGUCAACAAAGGAAUAAAGACAUCGUAUCCGAAAGGAAGGUCAAUGUUGAAAGUUUACUUUUCUCCAAAUGGAAUGAAAGAAACCAAACCAUUGUGGAUUUCGACUGAAAGAACGAGCAAGAAUAAAUGGAGAAAAGCUACAGUUCCGCUAUCGAAAGGAAGUCUGGGAGAAGCCUUGCGCGGAUCUCUGGUAUUUGCUGCUGUAAGAGGGGAAUCAAAGCGAGCAUACAUCGCCAUUGAUGAUAUCAAAGUUCAUAAAUGCAAAGGAUCACCGGAUUUAACGAAACCGACCAAUACUGGGAUAAGAGAAGGACCGACUGGAGAAGUUCUUACCGGUAGUCAGUUCGAAGAUCCGAAUGACCUGUUCCGAGUGCUUGCUGCCCACAGACCAGUGCAAACUAGAGAGUUCUCACUGGCGCCUGGACAGUUACAUGACGCAACAAACCCAGCCUCACUUCCAGCCAGUCCGAGGUUUCCACCUAGCGCAAGAGUCAGCAAGAAACGUGGCAAAGGCAGAUCCCGAAGCCACCGACGUAGAAAAGGAAAAGGAAAUAAAAAACUCAAUAACUACGGAGUUGUCUACUUUACAGAGGAACCUGGCCAACAAAGUACAGAAGAAGAACCGUUUGUUCCCACAUUAAUAGCACAUGCACGACCAGAUGUUAUCUGUGAUUUCAUGGAAUACACACAAGGACUAAAGAAAUGUCUUCGAAGUUAUUUCUCAAUGUUAAAGCAACACAGAUCUAAUACACAAUGCAAUGCCCAUUACUUCGAACUGGAAACCUGCCUACUAACAGCGGCCACGAAAUGUGUUCCUUCUCACGACAUGACGAAGCAAGAAGUUGAAGAAGUCGUUACCGACACUCUCCGAAAUAAAUUCAAGACACAACGAGUAUACUGUUUUGAAGAAGGGGCAUUCGUAUACCCAGAGUUCUCACUCGGCUCGUUGCCUCUCCAAUGUACAAAGCAAUACUUUCAGCAACUCACACAAUGCGGAGGAUCGUUCGCAGGAAUUUUCAAUUUCAAACACGGAGAUAAAAGCUUGUGCAAGGAAUACUUCACCGCGAACGAAUGCCAGAGGCGAACAACAGCAGACGAAUGCAAUUUCGACACAAGAUCGAUGUUGGUGUACGGACUCAAUCUGCAAUACCAGUUCGCACAUAACCCAUUCUGUAUAGACCUUCCGUUUAGUGCGUGGUGGCCAACUUCGUGAUUUGGAGAAAUUUGACCUCUGAACCAGGAAACGGAAGGUCAAGUCUAAGGUGUACAUGAAAAAAGGCGAAUGCUACUCAAUACCUCUCAAAGGAUAAUCACCCCACAAUACAAUUUGACAAUAAAUAACUGUAAUCUAUUUUUACUAAGGGAGAUAAGGAGUUGACAUUGUCUAUCAAUGCUAAUAGUCAUAACCAAGUUUAAUUUGAUUCAAUAAUUUCCAGCCAGUGAAAAAUAGCGUACAGAAUUAAUAGAAAUAAAAUUUGUACACAUAGAUUCACUGAGGAGGGGACGCCGCGGGUAACCAAAGCUGGUUAUCCAGCAGCGACAACCUAAAAGUCGAAGCGCCUCGUAUAAUACAAUCCAAAUAUUCGCGCCUCCCUAAUAAUAAUAGGAAGGCGGAUUAUCUAUGAAAGAAUGAAACACACGAACGGCAUGCUACACGUCCUAAAAUUACCGAUUUCUGUAUAAUUUGCAUGAACUUUGUAAAAAAAAUUAUUACAUUAUUUUGUGCUCUGGUCUUUGUUACUGGUGAUGUCUCUGUACCAUUCGGUCAUCGAAAGAUGUACAUUUUAAAUAUAGGUGUCAUUACGUAUGAUAUGAGUGGAAGUUGAAUAAAUCAGGAAUAUUUUGUACAUAAAUAACAUUUGAGUUUUAUUUGUUUGUUAAUAAAACAUCUGAUCACAAAACUGAUCUGCGGUAAAA